GUCGUGUUUAUUUGUGUAGCGGUUGUAAAAAAAAAUUGUAAGCUCGCUUGCUGCCUAGCGCUAUUAAUUUAAACAACUGGAAACUCUUGGACUAGCUGGUAUUUCUGGAGAUGCUUAAGGUUCUGGAAAGUUUUACAAAGAAGUUAAAGGACUCGCUCGUUCAUCUGUGCUAAGGUGCCAAGGUGCAGGGCUGCACUGGACUACAAAUGUCACAGGCAUCAAUAAGAGAUGGCCUCACUCAACACCCCUGCACAUUCCAGUUAGGAGCAUGUUCAUUCAGACCCAAGACACUCCAAAUCCCAACAGCCUGAAGUUCUUACCCGGUCGCAUGGUGCUGGAGGUUGGAACGAUGGACUUUGCUGCACCUCGAGACGCAUACUGCUCUCCUUUAGCAAGGCAGCUUUUUAGAAUUGAUGGUGUCAAAGGCGUCUUUUUGGGCCCAGACUUUAUCACCAUCACCAAGGUGGACACAGAUCUGGAGUGGAAGGUGAUCAAGCCUGAUGUCUUCGCUGCUAUCAUGGACUUUUUCACUUCAGGGCUGCCAGUCAUCAAUGAGGACACUCCACAGGCAGAUACAGCUCCCUCGGAAGAUGAUGAUGAGGUAGUGGCCAUGAUCAAGGAACUCCUGGAUACCCGCAUCAGGCCCACGGUGCAGGAGGACGGGGGCGACGUGGUGUACCGGGGCUUCGAGGACGGCGUGGUGAAGCUGAAGCUGCAGGGCUCCUGCACCAGCUGCCCAAGCUCCAUCGUCACGCUGAAGAGCGGCAUCCAGAACAUGCUGCAGUUCUACGUCCCUGAGGUGGAGAGCGUGGAGCAGGUGAAGGAUGAAGACGAGGUUGUGGGUGCGCAGACCUGAGAUCAGGGGCAUGCAGCGUCAGCAGACCCACACAUUCCACGUCGUCUUCUGUGGUUUCCAUCGUCAUCCUUAUCACAUUUACAGCAUGAGUGUGCAUUAAAGGCAGAGAAGAAUUACAGAGCGCUUUGAGAGAAGGCCUGGUGGGUAACUAAGGCUAUUACUUUAAAGGAAACCUCACAUAAGGUUCAAUCCCUGCACUCCAUGAUGGUAUCCAAUAAGUUGCUGGUUCUCAGACUGGCCUGGGAUUAGUGGAUAGUAGAUUCCUCUCAUUUCAAUCAUUUCUGCACCCUGUGUUCGCCAGUCAUUAGUGGCAGCUGGUGGUAAAAAUGAAACAUUUGUGCUUAUUUUGGAUUGACUGUUUGAAAGAUAAAAUAUCCCUGAGAAAAAAACAACCUUUACUCCUCUCAGUGGAAUAAGCAAAGUCAGUAGAAAUUUUGAUCCUGAUAAAACAUGUGCCUGCACUUGUGUGUACAAUAUCAUGUAAAUAAUGUAAAAAUAAAAAAAAACUAAACUAAUAAAAUAAAGAAAAUCUUUGUCUUUUAAACACAGAAACCUGUCUUAACCAUAUGAUGGGCUUGCCUGAAAAGCAGACAGAUUUAAAUUUGAGUGGUCACUGGAAAUGCUUUUCAAAGCAUGAAUUGAUCCGAGAGGAGGUAAAUGCACUGAUAACAAUAUAAGUACUGCCUGCCCAUUUUCCUUAGGGUUUCCCUGUUUGUCUGUCUCCCCCUGCCGAGUCCUAUUUCCCUGAUUAUUUUACACCUAUAAUCAUCACAGAUGUACUGCUUCAGUGAAUCCCUGUUAUUUUUUUGGCUGCAAAGAACAUGCUGUCUGGUUUAUGUGUGUUUUAGGGGUGUGUGGUAUUAGAGUUGUUAUGGUCAUAUAUUAUUUGGCAUAAUUAUAUCGAAACCCUCAACUCUGUAAACUGAGCAUGAUCCAUUUGAAGGCCCAAUUAACCCUGCCUUGGUUGUACCUGAUAUAAGAGGUUUUGGCUGUUGAAAUUAAUUUUAGAAAAAGCUGAGGAGUUAAAUGUUUUCCUCUGAAUAGUGAUGUCUUUCCUUCUGUCUGUAACUUCUGGCUUCCUCUUACUCUUGCUGCUUAGGUCUACCUUAAGUUCCAGUUAGACCAGGGGUGCCAAACUCCAAUCCUGGAAGGCUACAGUGUCUACUGGUUUCAGCUCCAGUGAUUAAGUAAUUGAUUGGCUAGGGAGUCCACACCUUAUUCUCAAGGCCUUCAUUGGCUGAUUAUUGAAAUAAAGGCCCAAAAAACGUGAAUGACUGCUGUUGUAUAGAUAUUUUCAGGCUUGAAGUGCAAAUGUAUAAAUGCAUUUAUUUAAAAUGAUAUUUAACUGAUUUAACAAUUCUGUAAUAAAAUUUUAAAAAUCUUAA